UUCUUUCGUGUUUUCUCCUAUUGGAAAACUGUUGGAAUCUAAAACUACCAAUGGCGCCAAUUACUUUAUCAAAUGGUUUGAAAACACUCUUCAGUCUUCUCGCUGCUCUCAUUAUUGCUCUGGUUAUUUACAGGCUUGUAACCGACGGUUUCCCCUUUCGCAUAGGCUUUUUCACUCCGUGGAUGACAGCAACUUUGAUUGAUCUGCAUAUCAAUAUUACAAUAUUGAGUGCUUGGGUAGUGUACAAGGAAGGAAAUUGGGUCAGCUCAAUUCUAUGGAUAAUUUUACUUAUCUCCCUUGGAAGCAUGGCUACAUCGGCUUAUAUUGUGUUGCAAUUAUCGAAGCUGUCAUCUCAAGAAUCUUCACAGGACCCUGUGAGAUAUGUUCUUUUACGACAUCCACACAAGAGUGGCACAGAACCAAAAACAAAUUGUUCUGUUGUUGUGACUCUAAGAAUCCUUUUCAGCGUUUUGGGUGUUGUCAUGCUUGGAACCUUGGUAUACACUCUUGUCACUGAUGGUUCUCCGUUCCGUACGGAGAUAUUGACUCCGUGGUUGCAAGCAACAGUAGUUGACUUCUACUGCAAUGCUGUGCCCCUAGCAGUCUGGAUUGCCUACAAAGAAUCUAAUUGGAUUUAUGCGCUCAUUUGGGUGAUUCUACUGAUAUGUUUUGGCAGCAUCACUUCAUGCGUCUACGUUGUAUGGCAAUUGUACCAAAUAUCUUAUCAGGAUCCUGCUUACCUUAUUUUGGUGCAUCAAAUUGACAGGCAAAUGCUAAUGCUGGAGUUUCUAAGGGAGCAACAAAGUUUGCUUACCCAAAGAACCAUGACUAAUGAUGAUACCCUUUUAGAGCCUGUGACAGUUGUCUAUGUUGUUCAUAGUAGAGAUAAAGAUCGUGAUCGUGAUGGACUCAAUGUUUUUCUUGCAAACAAUUUGGAUUGUGUUGGAAGCCUAUUACUAUCAUUACCCAUGUCUCCAAAACUGAUCUUGUCCUCGAAGACCGAAUUCAGGAGAAGAGGACUCGGAGGAUUUUCUAGAUUACACAGUGUUAGAGAUUCUUAA